CUUUUCCUGCUUCUCUGACUUAGAAGUUAUCCUCCUUGAAGAGACAUUUUCACACAGGAGACAAACAUAGCGCCACUACUGAUGUUCAGCUGCUUAUCAUCUCUGUAAUUUAGAAUAACAGACGUUUAGACGAUUGGAGAAGGAAACAUCUGCAAGUUAGUAUGAUGGCACGGUGGACAAUACUUUUGCUUUCCUUAUGCAGAGUUCUGAAUGCACAAGAGAUUGAGCUUUCUACUGUACAGAGAUGCUGUCAGGAUGGAAGGGAUCGGGCCCUUGCAGGAGAACACUGUACAUCCACCCCUCCCAUCUCAUCUCCCAACAUCUGCAACAUCACCAAGGAGCAGUGCUGCUCAGCAGCAGUAAGAGACGGACUCUGUGACAAAGGCGUCAUGAUGGCCAAGUGGCAAGAGGCCUGUGAGACGCCCUUCUUCCAAGGAGAACCCUGGGAAAUCCAAAUCUCUAAGACGUGCUGUGACUGCUGUAUGCUCGGCCGGAUGACGGCGAUCGGAGGUUCCGGCUGCAACUUCCAGGGUUUGUUGUUGAUGGAAAGGUGUUUGCACACAGCCAGAGCCUGCUGUGAAAAAACUACAACGGUAGAAAUCGGACCAAAUGAAAAUGUGAUUGAGCUUCAUAAUGUACAGAGGUGCUGUCAGCGUGGAAGGGAUCGGGCCCUUUUAGGACAAGACUGUACAUCCCUCUUCUUCUUCUCCUCAUCCUACAGUUGCAGUAUCUCCAAGGGGCAGUGCUGUUCAGCAGCAGUAUCAGAAUGGUUCUGCAAUAACGGCAUGAAGAUGGCCAAGAAGGAAGGGACCUGCCAGAGACUCUUGUUCCAAGGAGAGCCCUGGGAAACCCAAGUGUCUAAGAUGUGCUGUGACUGCUGUUUGCUCGGCCUGAUGACAGCGAGCCAGAAUUCCAGCUGUGAUUUCCAGGGUUUCUUACCUGGGAGACAGUGUUUGGACUCAGCUAAAGCCUGCUGUGAAAAAAACACAACAGUAAUCAAACCGACAACAAACGCACUAGUGACAGAAAGCCCUUGGGAGGGUUUGGACACCUGUAGAGACUUAAACUGCUCCCAGUUGUGUGAAGGUGACGCUACGUGUGCGUGCUUUGCUGGUUAUGAACUGCAAGGCGAUGGAGUGAGUUGUCAAGAUUUGAAUGAGUGUGUGGCCCGUACCAGUACGUGCCUGCCUGGACAGACUUGUGUCAACACAGUGGGCUCCUACACUUGUCUAAAGAAAACAAUAUCCUGUCGACAAGGCUAUCAUCCAAAUCCGGACGGCACGUCUUGUGAAGAUGUGGACGAGUGUCGUACAGGAGAUGUAUGUGGCGGCAACAUCUGUGUCAACCUGGUGGGAACGUACCGCUGUGAAUGCAAAAUUGGCUUCAUGUUUAACACUAUUACCACACGGUGUGAAGAUAUCAAUGAGUGCGCUCGGCAUAACGGAGGUCAUCAGUGUUCCUACAGUUGCUCCAACGUCCCAGGCAGUUUCCACUGUACCUGCCCAUCCACAGGCUACAGACUGGCACCAAAUAAACACACGUGCCAAGACAUUGAUGAAUGUGCACUAGGGACACAUAACUGUUCUUUGCAUGGAAGCUGCUUCAACAUCCUGGGAGGAUUUCGGUGUCUGUCCAUGGCAUGUCCUCAAUACUUCCAGCUAGCAGCGCACGGAAAAGAUACAUCGGCCAGUUGGAAUUGUUUUAAGGUCUGCCGUCCUCAGGAUGCCGCCUGCUAUUACUAUCCCAUCAACUUAAUAAGCUACAUCUCUGUCUCCUUGCCAACCUUCGGAGCCAUCAGUUCACCAAAAGAAAUUGCUUCCUUGCAAACAUCUGCAGCGGCUAACUAUGCUCAUCUACCCGGUGGCACAGAUGUUUUCUUUAACAUCCUGGCUGCAGACGACCAGUCCUCUUUUGAUGUGAUUAAGCGUUCCUACAGGGGCAUGUUUGUUGGUGUGGUCCGUCAGGUGAAAUCUCUCCGUGGUCCCAAAGACGUUGUGUUCCAGGUGGCUGUGAAUUAUGUCAAGUCAGGGGUUGUUUCUUAUCGCAACAUUGUCAUCAUCCGUUUCUUCAUCUCUGAGUUCUGGUUCUGAGCAAAGCAAUUGAGAGAUACAUUAGUUGUUCACCAAAUUAUAUUCAGUUCAUUUGAUGCUUGUUGAUGGUGGACGGACCAACCAACAUCGCAGGAAUUUAACAUUAUUAAUAGAACGAGGGCUCUCAUCUCCUUAUUCACUGUACCAGUGUUCAGAAUUCAGACUUUUUUGUCAUCAUGACUAAACAGUUACUGACCUGUGUAACUGUUUAAUAUUUGAUCAAUUUCGUCUACAAUGAGAGCACAUUUGACGUGCUUCAAUGGAUAAUAAAACCCUUCAUCUAUGGACUUGCUGUCAACAGUGAUUGUGUCUCAUCAACCAUACAAUCCCCUCAACCAGAGAAUACUUUACCAGGAAUGUCUGCAACACUGCCAGUCACACAGGGGGGGCAACCAUGCUGAGGUAAAUCCUGUGAUAAAGAAAUUGUUGCUUUACAUGGAAUUCCCCGAAGGUCUAUACAGUGCUUUUGCUGCAAAUAUUGCCUCAAAACUGUGUCAAAGUCUGGCUGAAUGAAUU